AUGAAUCCAGCAGCGUCCCUUGGGGUCCUGGAGCAGAAUCCGGACGAACAUGCCUCCGCACCGAUUCUUGGGCCCUCCGUAUAUUCUGAUAACCCGCAGGAGCGGAUCCAGGCUCGGCGUCUCCGCAUCGCGGCGCGCCUGGAAGCGCGGCGGCGGGAAGCACUUGGCGAAUACAUAGAUGGCAAGAAGGAGAGCGAGGAGGAGCAGAGCAAGAGCUACAAACAGAAAGAAGAAAGCAGACUGAAAUUGGCCAAGCUGCUAUUGUGUGGCACUGAGCUGGUGACAAAUGUCCAGGUGGCUGUAGACAACAGAGAGAUCCACAGGAGGGUGGAAGAGGAAGAGAUAAAGCGUCAGAGAAUCGAGAAGCUGGAGAAUGAAGUAAAGACCAGCCAGGACAAAUUCGAUGAGAUUAUGUCCAAGUGGGAGGAGGGCAAGCAGAAGAGAAUUCCCCAGGACCUGUGGGAAGUGCUCAACACUCAGCAGGUGCACUGUGCGGGGCUGAUCGAAGAUAAGAACAAGCUCAUCAGCGAGUUACAGCAGGAGCUGAAAAUAAAAGAUGAUCAGUAUGUGAAGGACUUGAAGAAACAGUCUGAUGACAUCUGCCUGCUGCUGGAUAGGAUGGAAGAACAAGUGAAGAGCGUAAUGAAGAGCUUCCGGCAGGAGCUGCAUCACAUUGAGAAAGCAUUUGAGGUGGAGCGGCAGGAGCUACUGGCCAGUAAUAAGAAGAAGUGGGAGCGAGCGCUGCAGGCACACAAUGCCAAGGAGCUGGAGUAUCUCGUCAAUCGCCUGAAGAGGGUGGAGGACUACGAGAAGCAGCUGAACAAGCAGAGCAUCUGGGACUGCGAGGAGUACAACAUGAUUAAAGUCAAGCUGGAGCAGGAUGUUCAGAUUCUUGAGCAGCAGCUGCAGCAGAUGAAAGCCAUCUACCAGCUCAACCGCGAGAAGCUUGAGUACAACUUCCAGGUGCUGAAGAAGCGAGAUGAGGAAAAUACGGUGAUUAAAUCACAGCAGAAAAGGAAGAUCAACCGUCUGCACGACAUACUUAAUAACCUGAGAUCCAAGCACGCCAAGCAGGUGAAGCAGUUUCACGAGGAGAACCAGGCCUUGACGAUGGACUACAGACGGCUUGUGCUGCAGUUCAAGGAACUGCAGAAAGCCAUGAGGCAUUUUGAUCUCAUUGAUGAUGAGAAGUUUCAGGAGAUCUGGCUGAUGAACGAAGAGGAGGCCAAGGAUCUAAUAAACCGAGCCUUUGACGUCGACAGGAUCAUCCACACCCACCACCUGGGGCUUCCCUGGACAGCACCUGAUUUACCCAUCCUGAAGAAUGUGGGGCCGAUCUCUCAGAAGCGGCAGCACAAAUCAGCGGCCCAGAUACUGGAGGAAGUGCUGAUGCGUGCAGAAGAGGAAGGAGCAGAAGAGAUGGAGUCCUACCUGGACCUGCCCAAGCAAAUUUCAGCCAAGACCACCAGGAAGAUCCUGAUGCUCUUGUGUGACGAGUCGGGUUUCCUCAUUGAGAGCAAGCUGAUGAGCCUAUUACUACCUCUGGAGACGACGGAAUGCUACCUGCUGCGGUUGGACGCCAUCUUUUCAGCCCUGGGAAUCGAAAGUGAAGACGAUCUGUACAAGCUGGUGCACUUCUUCCUCAAGUACCGGGCUGAGCACCUGUCCUCCAGCCAGAUCACCCUCCCGGACCAAGUGAAUGAGGACCGUACAAGCAUGGUGUCAAUGCUGGAGCAGCUGAGCUGGCUGUCAGGGGCAGAGCAUGUGAACCUGGCAUUGGCCGAGGAGGAGGAAGAAGAAGAGAAGGAGAAGGGGGAAGAGGCUGAGCAGACAGCGCUGGAGGGGGAGGAGAGCCUGGUGGAAGGGGAGCAGAGAGAGAAGGAGAGCCCGCCUUCCCCCAAGCUCAUCCACCCCAAUGAAGUGCUCAAGGUGCUGGAGGCCUUCGUCAUGGGUCUGAGGAAGCCCAGGGACACUCGGCUGCCACGGAGGAUGCUGAAGGACAUGCGUGAUGACUCUGAAGAUUCAGCUUACUGGCAGGCGUUGGCGACUGUCAUUCCCGCUGCCAAGCAGAACCUGUGGGAUGCGCUCUACGUGGCUCUGGAGAAAUAUCACCUCGUCCUCACCCAGAGGGCAAAGCUGCUGCUGGAAAACCAGUCUCUGGAGAAGCAGAAUGCGGAGCUGCAGCAGCUGUUGCGACAAUACCUCAAUGCACAGAUCAACUCUGAGCUGCAGGUCCCUCCGACCCAGGUGUUCCGGGUACCCACAAAGUAGUAGCCGACCUGCACAGGCUGAGACAUCAGGGCUGGCACCGGGGCUGGCACCUGCCCCUAC